AUGUGGCCUGCCAAGGAUGAUUUAGGCUCAAAGAUAAUAUACGGAAUAGAUGGUUACCCGUUGUACCUGACUGAAAACAAUGGAAAAGGAAGAUGGGACUUUCCAAAGACUCAACGAGACACACGGCUAUUCAAGGUCAAAUAUUCGAGUAAGCGUGUGGUUAAUGAACCAGAUGCGUCAAAUUUCCGACGAAGCAAUGCCCUUGAUAGUUCAUUUAAACAUGACUUGUCUCAAAUAUCUGCAGGCCUUAGAAAAGAAUUGCUUUCUGAAUCUGAUAAUUGGGAUUCGCACUUCAUAUAUGAUCCAUCAGUGGGACAUUUGCUCAUGACAAGCUUAUUAAAGCAGUUAAGAAGCGAACAUUGCAUUCGUGUCGUAGCUUUCUCAUCCGGAUCAAUUGCUAACGUUGCGGUGCUAGAGCUGGGCAUUGAUGAACUUUCCGUUGGUUUACCAGCGAACAACAAGCCAGAAGCUAAGGUACUGGUUGAAUAUCCUCGAUUAGGCGCUCGUAUGGGUAUUGACGUUAGAAGUACCAUCAAACAAAUAGAAUUUCCAAGCAACCCAAAUCCUACGCUUGUUCCCUCUAGGUUUUUUGCUGUCAGAACGGAGUUUGAAGUUUUCAUUUUUAAAGUGUAUCCAAAGUAUCAUGUUGGCCCACCAGAGGUUAAAAUUGAAUUAGUUGGGUCAAUCAAAUCAUUUGAAGUCCGAUUAGAUUCAUUUUCUGAUGUCACAUUUAAUUGUUGGGACCUUUCACAGUUUGCAAUAAUAGAUAAAAAUGGAAAAUGGAAAACGUGGGUUAUUAAAGAAAGGAAUUUGAAACCAUUGGUCGAUUCUCCUGUUUUUGGAAAUAUUGGAAAUUCUCAGGAUUUGUCUAACUGGAGAAAAGUAAUUUGGGGCUCAUCUUCUAAUGAAAUUUUAUUGUUUGAUCGUCUUAAUGUUCAUAAAGUGACAUGUGCAAAUGGGAAAACUAAAACCCGGAAUCUUUUUAAACCUGAAAGAAAGUCUCAAUUUCUUCAGAUUGAAAGAUGUAACGAUGAACCGAGUGAACUUUUCAUUUUGACUUCUCAAAAGAUGAUGUGGGUCAAACUUGAGAAUGAUGAAUUCAAAAUUAUAAUGACGUGGAACCACCUUCUAAAUCCUGAUGAUGUUUCUUUGAGGUUUUCCUUGAAUUAUGAUAAUUAUGCUAACCUGAGCAGACAAUUUCAGGCUAAGAAUUAUGAUGAUGGAACCAAUUUUUCUGAUUCGCGAAGGAGCUAUUUGGUUAUUAUUCAUUCAUUUAUACAUUCAUCAAAUGUAUUUCAAAGAUUUGAAUAUUCCAAAGACCUUAAUACCCACACCAUGGUCGGCGAUCCUUUUUUGGUAAAAAUUAACCUAGACACCGUUGUAAGGGACACGUUAUUGCUUCCAGUGACACUAACUGGCCCCCACAAUGCAGAACUUAAUGAUAUUAAGGAAGGUGGAGACAUGGGCCCUCAGUUUUCUCAUAAAUAUGCACUGUUUUUUCAGCUAUCGCGAGGUUUAGGAAUAACUAGGACAUUGUUGUCGACCAACUCCUGUUCCACAAUCUAUAAGUACAGGGAUUUGGAUCUAAAUGAGCUUAUCACUCAAAAGAAGAUAGAUAUUGACAAUAUCGUGUCGACAGAAAUUGAAGAAAUGGUGAUAAGGUCAAAUAACUUUUACAAAAUUUUCAAGCCUCAGGCAAAUUCUAAUGAAAUAAAAGGCAUUCAUAAAACUUUAUUCACCAGAGUGUCUCAUAAAAAGAAGUUUAAUAGAGAUGUUCAAGACCUUUUACCAGAAGAAAACGAGAUUGCCUUCAAAAGCUUGUCUUUAUUCCAACGUGAUGUUCUUCGUUCUGUCAUGAUAAAUGUUUUUCACACAAAUUCAACUGAAAAUGAUAAUGAUAUGAUCGAAUCGGCCAGUCAAGUUGAAGGUCAAAUUCGAUCUAUUUUGUUAAAAAAUGUAUCCAAUCCAGAAGCCUUAACUAACGUUAUUAAAACUGUUUCUACUGAAUUUAUCUACGACUUACUUUCCCGGAUGAGUAACUUGACUCCUGAUCCUUUUUCUCUGGACUCUAGAAAAAUCGAAACGCAGGAAGAUGAUGAUCAUAUUGAUGAAUAUGAAGACCUACAAUCACAAAUAGAUAAAGAAGGCUACAUUCUUGAGGGUUUCAAAAUGAACAAAUUACAUGCCCGUGUCAGGCUUAUUGUUGAACAAUGGGACGGUGACAAUGAAUUCUCUCUGACAAUGAAUACAUCUGAGAAAAUAAAUAUAUAUAAUGAUGAAACACUUCUUAUCAAUACCCAAAAAGAUAACACCGUUGUUGACUCUCAAUAUGAACGAUAUUCAAACUUCUAUUCACAAACACAAACGCCUCAAUUGAUGCUAUCUCAACCAACAGCCCUUGGACUGACACUCUCACAAUCAAAAUCAAAAUCUCUAUCACAAGCCCCUAGAAAGAAGAAAAGAAAGAAAGGAGGGUUUGCUUAA